AGGCCUCUUCCUCAGACGCCCAACAUCCCAGCACGUUGACAACGCCGAUCGCGCCGACACUUCUAGCGUGCACCUCGCGGACGCCACGUUUUCCGCACGUGUAAACCCGUGUUGGUAUCCAGAGCUAACAGCGCGACCAUGUCGGAGCACGACGAACCCGGCCAAGUGAAACUGAAGAAAGAAAUCGGACUGUUCAGCGGCGUCAUGAUCGUCGUGGGUACGAUCAUCGGCUCGGGCAUAUUCGUAUCGCCGAAGGGAGUCUUCGAGCACGCCGGCUCCGUCGGCGCUUCGCUUGUCAUCUGGGUGCUGUGCGGACUCUUUUCGAUGAUCGGAGCCGUGUGCUACGCCGAACUCGGCACGUCCAUCCCCAGGUCCGGCGGGGACUACGCGUACGUGCUCGAGGCGUUCGGACCGCUCACUGCUUUCCUGCGGCUAUGGGUCACCGUACUCGUGGUACAGCCGGCCACGCUUGCCGUGCUGAGUCUCACUUUCGCCACGUACAUGGUCAAGCCGCUCUAUCCAGACUGCGAGCCGCCGGACUUGGCACUCAGACUCAUGGCUAUCGUCUGUCUCUGUUUCCUGACCUUCGUGAACUGCCACAGCGUGAAGCUGGCCAUGAAGGUGCAGGGCAUCUUCACCUUUGCCAAGCUGGCGGCACUGGUCAUUAUCAUUGUCACGGGCAUCGUGCUCAUCGGACAAGGACAGGUGGGCUACCUGCAGAACAGCUUUGCUGGGGAGUACUCCGUGUCCGGAAUAUCCCUCUCCUUCUACGCCGGGCUCUUUGCAUACGGAGGAUGGAACUACCUUAACUAUGUGUCAGAAGAACUUAAGGACCCAAAUAAGAACCUACCGAGGGCCAUCUACAUCGGCAUCACGCUGGUGACGCUGUUUUACGUCCUGGCCAACGUGGCCUACUUCACGGUGGUCUCCCCGCAGGAAAUGCUGUCAUCGCCGGCAGUUGCUGUGACCUUUGCACAGCGAACAAUUGGCAUGGUUGCCUGGAUCAUGCCUGUCUUUGUCAGCCUUUCGACCUUUGGUGGACUGAACGGAAUUAUGUUCACGAUAGCCAGGCUUUUCUUCAUUGGAGCAUUAGAAGGGCACCUUCCCAUGAUCUUCGGAAUGAUCAAUGCUGAGAAGCUCACACCGACGCCCCCUCUUCUAUUAUCGUGUGCUGUGGCCCUGCUGAUGUUCUGCACGAGCGACAUCUUCGUCCUCAUCAACUACCUCAGCUUCAACCAGUGGCUGUGGGUGGGAGUCUCAAUCCUGGGCAUGCUGUGGCUGCGCUACAAGCGUCCCCGCAUGCAUCGUCCCAUCAAGGUGCCCUUGGUCUUCCCGCUGGUCUUCCUCGUCAUGUGCGCAUUCCUCACGUUCAUGCCCCUGUACGCCAGUCCCGUGGAGACAGGCAUGGGGCUAGUCAUCCUCAUCAGCGGUAUACCGGCGUACUACAUCUUUGUCUGCUGGAGUGCAAAGAACAAGGCAGUGGGACGUGUUUCACGGUACCUGACAGUGGCAAUGCAGAAGUACCUCCAAGUGGUCCUUCCCGAGCAGGAAGAGCGGCUACUCGAAGCGGAAUGCUGAGGAACUCGUGAAAUGAGCCAGGCGCCAAUCUCAACUCUGCGUGCGUCCAGUGGAUAGGGACCAAUCGUUCACUUUUGCGGGUAAUAUGUGAGAUAGAGCCCAUAUGGGCAAUGUUGACCCGGGUGGGUUGGCCACUCUGUGCCGCUCCAGCAAGGACCCGUGCAUCUUCUUCCUUGUGGAA